CUAAAAAAAAAAAACUCCUCCCCUCUGUUUGUGGUUAUCAAGCUGUCCCUUGCUUGCUUCUCACUCAGCCUGGUGUCCCUCCCAGUCUAAAUUCCUGGUUAAUUUCAAAUUAUUCCGGCACAAAUCAUCAAUUUAGUGGGCAAAAAGUGUCCAGGUGCAGCUGUGCUGUUCCUAUCUUAUCCCAGAAUCCUUAAAGUUGGGAAAAACCUUCAGGAUUGUCAAAUCCCAGCUUUGAAGGUAUCACCAAAAGUGUGACCUUAUGAAGGCAUCGCCUCAGCCUCUGGAGGUUUGAAGUUCAGGUGUCCCGGGAGCACGGAGUUCACUCCAUCCUCUGUGUGCUUUAACUUUUAGCAGGAAUAUUCCACUUUUAAACUCCUUGGGGAAGUGCUUCUGGAAUAUUUCACUUUUAAACUCCUUGGGGAAGUGCUUCUGGAAUAUUCCACUUUAAAACUCCUUGGGGAAGUGCUUCUGGAAUAUUUCACUUUUAAACUCCUUGGGGAAGUGCUUCUGGAAUAUUCCACUUUAAAACUCCUUGGGGAAGUGCUUCUGGAAUAUUUCACUUUUAAACUCCUUGGGGAAGUGCUUCUGGAAUAUUCCACUUUAAAACUCCUUGGGGAAGUACUUCUGGAAUAUUUCACUUUAAAACUCCUUGGGGAAGUGCUUCUGGAAUAUUUCACUUUUAAACUCCUUGGGGAAGUGCUUCUGGUUUUCCUGAGGCUUUGGACUAAGCAAGCCAAUAGCAGGAGAAACCCUGGAAUUGAGCAGCCAGGGCUUUACCAAAGGGGAGAUUUCCAUGGUUUUGCUGGGAUGUGUUGGUAGGAAUCUUCCAUGGGGCCACUGAACUCAGCUAAGAGAAUAAAAUUCCUUCUCCUCGCUGCUCUUUGCCGGGAACACAUUCCUGAGUUUGCCUUUCAAGUAGCUACAGGUGCCAGCAGGAAAACUGGAGCCGUGGCUUCAUGAGGAAUGACCAAAAGUCAUUUGGGCAAGAGGGAAUUGGAGGUGGGAGCCGACAUCAAAGGGAAGGUGUGGCUGGAGAGCCUCAUCCCGGAGCCGAGUGCGGGAUGGGUCACGGCUGGCUGGGGUUGGCAGAACCUGGGCAAGGAGUGUUGGGAAGCAGGCUGCAUUGCUGGGAGUGUGGCCACGCUGCUCCACGACGCCGUCAUGAACCCUGCUGAAGUGGUGAAGCAGCGCCUGCAGAUGUUCAACUCGCCCUACACGUCGGUGCUGGGCUGCGUGCGGGCCGUGCAGAGGACCGAGGGCUUCGGCGCCUUCUACCGCAGCUACACCACGCAGCUGACCAUGAACGUGCCCUUCCAGGCCAUCCACUUCAUCACCUACGAGCUCCUGCAGGAGCACCUCAACCCCCACCGCGAGUACAACCCCCGCUCCCACAUCGUGGCCGGCGCCGUGGCCGGAGCCGUGGCCGCCGCCGCCACCACGCCCCUGGACGUGUGCAAGACGCUGCUCAACACCCAGGAGAACACGGCCCUGAGCUCCCUCAACAUCAGGGGGCACCUGUCGGGCAUGGCCAACGCCUUCAGCACCGUGUACCAGCUGGGAGGGCUCCCCGGCUUCUUCAAGGGGGUCCAAGCUCGGGUCAUUUACCAGAUGCCCUCCACGGCCAUCGCCUGGUCUGUGUAUGAGUUCUUCAAGUACUUCCUCACCAAGCACACGCUGGAGAAGAGAACAUCCUUGUGAGAAAGGAGUGGGAAUCUCCCUGUGCCUCCUCCCAGCCAGCCCAGCUGGGAUUCUGGUGGAUUCACAUCUCUGCAUCUCCCUGCCCAGGGAUUCCCGUGGGAUUUGCGGCCACUGAGUGUCCCCUGGGAUUCUCCUGUUGCUCGGCCACUGAGUUGCCCCCAGGGAUUCCUGUGGCCACUGAGUGUCCCCAGGGAUUCCCAUGGCCACUGAGUGCCCUCAGGGGAUUCCCGUGGAAUUCCCGGUCACUGCGUUUCCCCCAGGGAUUCCCGUGGAAUUCCCGGUCACUGCGUUUCCCCCAGGGAUUCCCGUGGAAUUCCCGGUCACUGAGUGCCCCCCUUCCCUUCCUUAAACAACAACAACAGAAGAGUUUAUACAGACUUUUAUAUUAAUAUAUAUAUAUAUAUAUAUAUUUAAUAACUUUAUUUUGCAGCAGUGCAAUUGCAAACUGCUCUUUUUCUGGGAAAUAAGAUGGGAAAUGGAGUUUACUCCUCGCUGAAGGUUUAGGUUAUCCAACCUAAGCUGGGUUUGGUUGGUUGGUUGGUUGGUUUUUUUUUUUUUUAAUUUUUUAUUUUUACAGCAAAGAAACAAAAUGUCCUGGCACAGAAGUGGAUUUUUAUAGCAAUAGAAAACAGCUGGAUAAUGUUUAUCCUUUAUUUUUCUAUGGAGGCUUUUGGGUGGGUUUUUAGAUGCUUUUACAGCUGAGUGCAAAGCUGUUGAAAAAGGGCUCCGUUCUUCCCUCCUGUGUAAGGAACACACAAAAUCAUUGAUUUUAUGGCCAGAUUGGCUUGAAUUACCCCGAAUUUACCCCCCAGGUGGUGGCCUGGGUGCUGCUCUGGGUGUCAAGGUACUUGGGAGCCCUUUGAGGGGACAAGGAAUGGGGACGUUGCCUUGGGAUGGCAUCCCAAGAUCCCUUUGUGGGGGAGAGGGGGAAAAACUCAAUUCCAUUUUUUCCAGCUCUUGAAGACGUCGAUUUUUAACCAAAUCAUUCUGCAAACUUGCUCAAGGUACCUUUUCAUGGGGUGUGAUGCUGGUCAGCCUUCAUCCUCCCGGAGUUUAUUCCCACUUUUUCCCCCCUAAAGCCCCUGAUCCCAUUCCAGGAGCUCUCCCAGGAUCACAGUGGGUGCCUGGAGCUGCUCAGAUCCCAGGAAAGGGAAGUCCUGGAGCACAGGGAGGUCCUGGAGCUGCUGUUUACAGUUUACAGAGCCCCAGGGGUCAGGUCCUGGCAGCUCCAAAGCAGCACAAAAUCCUUGGGAAAAUCCCAAUGCAGCUCCAAAGGCACCUCCCAGCCUGGGCUUGGCAAGAAUUGCUGCUCAUCCCAAAAUCCCACCUGGAGGGGUUUUUGGGAGCCUGGAUGUGCAGAUUCAAGUCCCAGGGUCCAUGUCCCAUUUGGGAAUGGCUUUUCCAAAGCAAAUUCCAGCCUUUAACUGCUCCCUUGGGGGAUCAGGAGGGAUUUUUGGGAUCCUGCAUGUUCAAAUUCAAGUCAGAGGAUCCAUGUCCCCUUCGGGAAUGGCUCUUCCCAAACCAAAUUCCAUCCUUCAGCCCUCCCUUGGAUGCUCAGGAAGGAGUUUUGGGAUGCUGGAUGUGCAAAUCCGAGUUGCGGGAUCCGUGUCCCCCCUCCCUGGGAUGUCAUUGUCCCCUCCCUGCUGGGCAUCCUGGGAUGUGGCUUGGGAUAUCUGGGGCUGGAAUGUGGCCCCGGAGCUCUCCCACCAUCCAGGUGUGGUUUUUAGGGUGACACUGAGCAGAUCUCAUCCUUCUCCCACAUUUUUUGGAGCAGGAAAUUCCAAGAUCCCCUCUCGGGGGUGCCACAUGUGCCUUGUGGGAAGGAUCCCGGUGCCUCAGGUGUGGAAUGAGCUUUUUGAUGCCU